AUGGAGAUAAUUAAGAAAACAGAAAACAAAGUUGUGAGUGGAGAAGCUGACAGCUUCGGUGAUGAUUAUCUGGGAUUACUUGUAAAUGCUUAUCAUGAUUUGAACGAUAAAAACAAGCUUUCAUUAGAAGACUCGGUAGGUGAAUGCAAAACAAUCUACUUUGCUGGACAAUCAACUCUAGGUUCAUUGCUUUCAUGGAUAGUCCUACAUUUGGCAAUCCAUGGAGAUUGGCAAGAAAAAGCAAGAAGAGAGGUGAUUGACAUAUUUGAUGUUUAUGAUCAUCAAUGGAACUAUCUAAGAUUGUAUGGUCCAAUAAAUGGCCUGCCAAGAGAAGUUGCAGGAGAAGUUCAGUUAGGAAAGCUAGUCUUGCCUGCUAAUAUAGAUAUUCUGGUUCUAAACAGCGGACUUCAUCGUGACCCUUAUUUGUGGGGUGAUGAUGUGCAUCUUUUUAAACCGGAGAGAUUCUCCGAAAGGAUUGCCAAAGCUACCAACUACAAUGCGACUGGAUCGGGACCUCGAUCUUGUGUUGGUAUGACCUUUGCAAUGAUAGAAACUAAGGUUGUACUCUCCAUGAUUUUACAACGUUACACCGUUACCCUCUCCCCUAUGUCCACUCUCCAAUACCUAUUAUUUCCCUUGUACCACAACAUGGAAUUCAAGUAA